AUCCGAACGGAGCGCCGGCCGAUGGCAUCUUCUGCUGUAGCCCUCGUUAGUUUCAGAAACUCUUAACUCCUAAUUAUUACCUGGAAGUCUUCAUGUAGUUCUAUCAGUAUUUUUUUAUUAUUUUAGAAGGCUUCUUGAUUGGACGGCAGAAAUUCGCUUCUUUGCUCUCUAUAGACUAGUUGACCUAUAAUAGUGUGGUUUUAGGUUUUGCACGGUCUGUCUGCAUCCCCAUGCGUUAACACAUUUGUUUGGCUUAUAAGUAAAAAAAAAUAGGUUCUAGUGCAGGGAAGAGGGAGGAGGUGGCUACGCGUAACACAGUUUAAAAACUUCGAGACUGUGGAGUUGAUCGGCUUUUCCAUCCCGGGAUGUAUGUUUGAUGCGCGUGGUGGGGAUGCAUCCUCCGGCUUAUUAAACAUUAGCUACCGGCGAUUAAUCUGAGCAAGGCAUCGUCAGAUAAGCUGCUCGGAUCUGCUUUAGUUAUGGGAUCCACUCUGCUGAUCCACGGCGUGGGUUUUCUGCUGUGCUGCUCCAUCAUGAGCUGCAUGUACGGUCUGAUAGAUGCUGAUGAUGUCAUCACCAAGGAGGAGCAGAUCCACCUGCUCUUCAGUGCCAAGCGGACGUGUGAGAUCGAGAUGAAGUCCAAGAACAAGACUUCAGAUGGCUUCUGCCGGCCGGAAUGGGACGGCGUCGUGUGCUGGCCAGGGGGGCCUCCCGGCAAGGUCGUGUCCACCGCCUGCCCCGACUACAUCUAUGACUUCAACCAUAAAGGCCACGCCUACCGCCGCUGCGAUAUGAAUGGGACCUGGGAGCUGGCCAGCACAAACAAUAAAACCUGGGCCAAUUACAGUGAAUGUGCCAAGUUUCUCACUCAUUACAACCAGAACCCCGAAAAGGACGUCUUUGACCGACUAUUUCUGAUUUACACCGUGGGCUACUCUGUCUCCCUGGGAUCUCUCAUGGUAGCCGUUGUCAUCUUGGGAUAUUUUCGGCGGUUGCACUGCACCAGGAACUACAUCCACAUGCACCUCUUUGUGUCUUUCAUGCUCCGCGCGAUCAGCAUCUUCGUCAAGGACGUGGUGCUGUACUCUGGUUCCACCACGGAGAACAUGGAGCGGGUCAGUGUAGAGGAACUGAAGUCCAUCACCGAGGCCCCCUUUUCUGAUAAAUCCCAGUUUGUCGGCUGUAAGAUCGCUGUCACCCUGUUCCUCUACUUCCUGGCCACCAAUUACUACUGGAUCCUUGUGGAGGGGCUGUACCUGCACAGCCUCAUCUUCAUGACCUUCUUCUCGGACAGGAAGUAUCUCUGGGGUUUCACCCUCAUCGGCUGGGGGGUCCCUGCCAUGUUCGUGAUGGUGUGGGCGAUCGUAAGGACACUGCUGGCAGACACAGAAUGCUGGGAUCUGAGCGCAGGCAACCUGAAGUGGAUUUUUCAAGUGCCGAUCCUGGCGGCCAUCGUGGUAAAUUUCUUGCUGUUCUUAAAUAUAAUCCGAGUCCUCGCAACAAAACUGCGUGAGACGAAUGCGGGCCGCUGCGACACCAGGCAGCAGUACAGGAAGCUGCUGAAAUCCACGCUGGUGCUCAUGCCUCUUUUUGGGGUGCACUACAUCGUCUUCAUGGCCAUGCCCUACACGGAGGUGUCUGGGGUGCCCUGGCAGAUCCAGAUGCAUUACGAGAUGCUUUUCAACUCAUUCCAGGGGUUCUUUGUGGCGAUCAUAUACUGCUUCUGCAAUGGAGAGGUGCAGGCAGAAAUCAAGAAGUCGUGGAGCAGGAGAACGCUGGCUUUGGACUUUAAGCGGAAAGCAAGGAGUGGAAGCAGCACGUACAGCUACGGUCCUAUGGUGUCCCACACCAGCGUGACCAACGUGACUGCUAGGGGCCCCUUGGCCCUGCACCUCACCACCCGGCUGGGCCCCGUCUCCAUCAACGGUCACCGGAACCUCCCGGGCUACGUCAAGAAUGGCUCUGUCUCGGAGAACUCUAUCCCCUCUUCCGGGCAGGAGGUGCACAUUCCAGAGGAGGUGCACCCAAACGGCACAGGGCUGCGUGAGGAGGACAAGCCCACUCCGCUGGUGGAGGAGGAGAGGGAGACGGUCAUGUGACUCCAUGCCUGUGAUCAGCAGUGAGCGCCAGUUAUGAAGAGAGCUAAAUCGUUAGCCGUCUUCCCUCAGGAUUUUUCUUAUCGAUUGGCCGUGGCCUUUUGUCGAGCUAACUGUACUAGAAUAUUGCCUCUGGAAGAGCUGGGCUUUGCUCAGAAUGGACCGUCUUUGUUUUGGCCAGCAAGCAGUGUUCAGUGGACCAUCAGAUCAGUCUUAUUCACCUCUGGGUUGGUCUCUCCCAGAGCUUCAUUCACCAGCAAUACUGGGCGGUCCUUGCGGUUGCAAACACUGGCUCUGAAGUCAUGUAAGGUCAACUAGAACUUGAUCACAGUCACUACCGCGCACUUGUUGACCUACCCUUGGUGAUUUCGUAAGCUUUACAGCAUUAACCAGUGUUUUCACUGACUGUUCAUAUCAUUGGCUUUCAUUAGAUCCUUCACUACGCAGUUGUGGUUGUUUCUCCUGUCGCCUGAUGACUCUGUGAUGGGACAGAAACGACCAGAUCUUUCACGCUUACAUUCAGGUUCGCUCAUCUCAGGCCUAAAGCGAAAAGCAUUAUGACAUACUGUAAGAUGCAAUGCCUCGUUGCACGUUUUCCUUGAGAAGGGUCAUGGUCAGGUUAGUUCGGGGCAGAUCAACAAACAGAUCGUUUCCUAAAGCAACUGGAUAUCACCAUGGGAACCAAAAGUAAACCAAAGGAAUUCUGGGAAAGUUCAACAGAUGGCUAUUUAUUAGCAUCGGACAGAUGUUUGAGUUACUCCGUGGCUUAUCAUGUGAUGGAACAGUGGACCUCAGAGGACGUUUUUUAAUUAACCUUUCUCUAAUUAAUAAUCCCUUGUCUCAGACAAACAGUAAGUUUGGACCCUCAAUACUGAUUUCUGCACCAGCCCAUCUACUGGCUCAUUCGUUGCCACCAGACUUAUGACCAAGAACUCGUUAAAAGGGAAUGAAGCUAUAUCUAUAACUAAUGUUUAGUUAACUUUUAGUUAAUGUUUAGUUAGCGUUGUCCUACUGUAUGAGUACACUUCCAGUACUGUUCCAUUGGCUCCAGGCUGAUGUAAUAAUCUGUGAUAGACCUUUCCAAAUAGAAGCUAAGUCUACACUUCUGCUUUGCGAUCGGUCCAGCAUUGUUACAACAUGCAAAAAAACAUCACCUCUGUCAUCUAUAACCCAAUUUGCAUUGGUGGUGCUGAAAUAUGAAAUUGGAAGUUAUUGUAUGCUCACUGAGACUCAUCUACAAAUUAUAUAUUUGGAUUUUGAACGGCUUUAGGACCCUUGAUAAUUCACAUUCCACUCACUCGAAACGGCUAAAAUAACAUUGAAUGUACAAUGCUUAGAACAUUUGGUCAGUAUUGGGCUUGUGACACACUGGUGUUACAUGUGUAUUGGCUCUCAAGGAAGUUCUUCAGGGCAACAGAAGGCAAACUGAGGUAUUUUAUUAUAAUUGUUAUUAUUUUUAAUCAAGCAGCCAAGUACCCCAGUAAAACUGUAAUGGUUAAAACUGGAGUUUCUGUGUUAAACAGUGUUAGUUGUCAGUCAUUGAGCAAUGUAAUCAAAAUCAAACAAAAAAAAUCUGUUAAGAGGGGUGAAUUGUUCAAAGAUUUUAUUUUUUUUUACUGUGACACUAUAGUGACAACAAAAAUAUAUCAUAUUUGAGAAAAUGAUACAAAAGUUUCCUAAGGUCCAGUGAUAUGCUGCUCUUGUAUAUGUGUUAAUUACUUACCUUUGAAUCGCAGUCACUAUGUUUACAGACAUGUCCACCUAUUUGUCAGCUAAUCAGAUGUCAACUUGUGGAGGGAAGUGUUUUAAAACAAUGUACAAUUAAACAGGCUGGGGGGAAAUAAGUAUGUUUUUGCAUUUGUUUAAAUAUUAUUUUUUACAUUAAGAAAAAAUAUAUUUUGCAGUGGGCUAGAGAAAAAGUGAGUGCUUUCUUUUUGCACAAGUUAUUUAUUUUAACGUCUUUCCUGACAGCAUUGUAUUCUAAUGUAAAUAAAGAGAAACAGUAUUAACACUGAAA